GCUGACGUCAGCGCGCCGUCAGUGGAGGUCUGCAGCGGUCGGGAAGCCGCACUGCACACCGGCAGAGCAGCACAGGGCGCGGCGGCGGUCCUCAUCACUCGUCGCUAUGGGAAUUACCGCCGCGUGCUCAGAAGCGCGAGCCCUCCUCCGUCUGAGAGCGCGUCAGUCGAACACACAGACUAUAAAACGCUGCAGUUGAGGCUGCCGCUGCUCCACAGACGAGCUCAGCUUCCCUCCCAACUGGGGAGGAUGAUGACAAACACCCAGAGAUGAAAAGUGUCACUCAAGCAGGCAACUUGGACCUCGUUUGCUCGAACCUUCUCCAUCUUCUCUAAGCCAGGAUGAUGCCUGUUAUGUGUGUGUCUGCAGUGCUCUUAUGUUCAAUGGUGGCUGAUAUUUCAGCUCGGGGCUUGACUGCAACCAGCACAGUCGACCAGCCCACCCUUUCUGCACGCCAAUACCAACACACUGACCCCAACUCAGGCACCAGGCUGGCAUGUGACAAGUGCCCAGCCGGCACCUAUGUGUCCACCCACUGUUCCCCAUCGUCUGUGAGGGAGUGCACCCCUUGCCCUGCGGGUACUUUCACACGGGGUGAGAACGGAGUCCAGCAAUGCCAUCGCUGCCGGGCUCCCUGCCCUGUGGGCUUCACUGAGAAAGUGCCCUGCACGACGACCCAGGACCGGGUUUGCGCAUGUCCACCCAACAGCUUCUCUUCAGGGGGCGUUGAUGGAGGGUGCAAACCCCACUCCCUUUGUCCCCCGGGUACCCGGGUCAAAAAGCGUGGCACUCAGACGGAGGACGUUCUCUGCAGGCCUUGCACUAAGGGGACAUUUUCCAACGUGAAGUCCAGAACAACAAAGUGCAGGAAUCAUACAGACUGCCAAGCUCUAGGGUUAGUUCUUCUUAAACCAGGGACCAAAGAAACUGAUAAUGUCUGUGGAUCUCCCUCCACUAUCCCACCGUUGUUCUCCCCAUCAUCUUCAUUUGGCCCUGAACAUGCUGCACUUAAACAGGAACCAGUUUCCUCAACUUUGACAUCAUUAAUCUAUGGAGCUGCACAUAAAGGGACCUUCAGCCAGUUGGCAUCCCUUCAGCAAAAAUCUUGGAGUGGGGAGGACCAAAAAUCAGAGGGAGGGCUACUUAACGAACCUAACACCCCUACCCCACCAAAUCAGGAUCCUCCAUGGACUCUGCUAACUUCAGCUCACAAGCAACCAAAAGAUUGGGAGCCAAAAUUUGAACAAGAAAGCUCUAUUUCAAGGCUUGGAAAACAGGCAAUGGAAGGUCUAGAAAGUUCCGAAACAGGUAGGGCUGGAAUUAGUAAGACAGCUGGCCAGGGGAAUGGAGGUGGGGUCUCCAACUACUACAGACCUACUCACAGAGGCUCCCCAAGGCCAACGAUCCAUGAUCACUUUGACAUCAAUGAGCACCUUCCGUGGAUGAUAGUCCUGCUGCUCUUGCUGGUGCUGGUGGUAAUUGUGGUAUGCAGCGUGAAGCGGAGUUCCCGGGUGUUGAAGAAAGGCCCGAUGCAGGAUCCCAGCAGCAUCAUGGAAAAGUCCAUCCAGAAGAAAUCCUCUGCGCCUCCAACACAAGUCAGAGAAAAGUGGAUCUACUGCUGCAACGGACAGGGUGUGGACAUCCUGAAACUAGUGGCAGCCCAAGUAGGUGCCCAGUGGAUCGACAUCUAUCAGUCACUGGCCAACGCCACGGAGCGCGAGGUGGCCGCCUUCUCUAAUGGCUACUCGUCAGACCAUGAGCGAGCCUAUGCUGCCCUACAGCACUGGACCAUCCGGGACAGCGACGCCAACCUAGCCAAGCUGAUCAACGCCCUCCACCGGCAGCGCCGCAUCGACGUGGUGGAGAAGAUCCGCUGCGUCAUGGAGGACAACCCGCAGUUUGACACAAACCAGCUGAUGACCUCGGUGAAUGUAAGCCAUAGCCUCAGUCCCAUCCACAAGCCGCUGGAGUCUCCGACCAGCGUGGGCAGCAGCGGCAGCGUGGGCAGAGUCAGCAGCACAGGAAUGGAGCAGUCGCCGAUAGACCGCACCAAAGGCUUCUUUCCCGAUGAAUCGGAGCCCCUCCUCCGCUGCGACUCCACCUCCAGCAAAGACUCCGCCCUCAGCAGAAAUGGCUCCUUCAUUACCAAAGAGAAAAAAGACACGGUGCUGCGGCAGGUGCGUCUGGACCCGUGCGACCUGCAGCCCAUCUUUGACGACAUGCUGCACAUCCUGCACCCAGAGGAGCUGCACAUCCUUGAGAAGAUCCCAGCAGCUGAGGACAAGCUAGACCAACUUUUCGAGAUCGCUGGGACCAAGAGUCAAGAGGCCAGCCAGACGCUGCUGGACUCCGUCUACAGCCACCUCCCUGACCUGUUAUAGUAGAGGAACGAGGAGAAGAGCAUCCAGAAAGGAGUCAAAGCAUGCCGAAGCAAGGGGAGAUCCAUCGAAGCCAGUUUGAGUCAUCAUGUCGUUUUCUAACAUGAUCUCAGCUUCGGUUUCCUGUCAAUGAUGAGUCUGUCAAAUCUUAACUACUUUGCACCUGAUGGUCUCGUGUCUGUUCCUUCACAGCAUCCUGUUCUCUACACAUGUAACAAGGUCCAUAUAACAAACAUGAACUGUGAUCUUAAGACUCUAACUAGUAAGAAAAGUUGAUUUAUAAGGAGAUGUAUUGACUCCACACGAAUAGCACUUUAUUUAUCUCGUAGGGCCAAUGCCUUUGUGUUUAAAGGAUAAUACCGGUGUUUUCUUUUUUUUGUUUGUUUGUUUGUUAAUUGUGCCAAUCCUCCAGGCUUCUUGCCUCUAACACGACUAAAAUAACUUAAAAGAAACAACUCAACGGUCAGUGAUUCCUGAUUGCAUGAAAGGAAGCUAAAGAAACACAAUGGUAAAUAAGCUAUAACUCACAAUGACACUGGUAUUAUUCUUUGAUUUUAGGGUUCUUGUAAACCGCAUUCUCAGAUAGUUUUUGUCCCGGCGUGGACUGACCUGUAGGUCAAUGUGCCUCAACUUGAUCCUAUCCAUGUAUCCUCUUUGUUUUAUUUCCUUGCCUGCCUGAAUGUGAGGCAACUUAUAACCACCAGCGAGUAGUAGCGUUAGCUGGCUCCGAAACCAAAUCUAUGAAUCAAAAUAAUCUUUGAGUAAAACAAUCAUUAGAAAUGAUAACAUACGGCUAUGUUUUCAACCAUUUUUCAUGGUUUUCAUUUGAACCGGGGAAGGGUCUGCUUCUCUGAGUUUAAUGGUACAGAAACAAAUUGUAGCGUUGAUAAAGUGUUCUCAUGACAUUUUGGAGCUUCAUGUUGGUUUAGUUUCCAAUCAGAUAAAGUUGAAAAUGUAACUAUGAUGCACCAUUCCUCUCUUCUUCUCUCCUGUUACACCGCUCGCUAACUUUUAGCGUCUUUUAGCAUUCAUAUUUGUUUUGGCCUAACAACUAGUUAGGAUGAACAUUCAUAUUUCAUAAGUAACUUAACAUGUGUCCAGGUGUGUACUUGAUUUUGAAUGAGGAAGACGGUGUAACUUUUUUUCCAGCAUCCUCUAAAAGCUAAUGACAUGAAAAGCUACAUCGAAUGAAAACUCACAAAUGCUGGAGGACAACUUUGCCACAUUUUGGGCAGCAAAACACCAGCUACCCUGGUGCUAGGUGUGAACUCUCACUGGCUGGACGACGACGUUAACCAGGACUGAUCGAUGACAUGAAGGAAUUAAAGUGAAAGCCUGUGGACUGCUAGCGACGCUGUUGAUAAUGAGAACGCCUUAGCUACAAGCUCUUAGUUUUGUAAACGGAUGACGGUGGGAUGUGAAAUGUUCAUGAUUCUGGAGCGGAUGAUUUUAUGGAGUUUCUCACAUGUAGCCAGUAUGUUGACUAUGUAACCUCUUCAGAUCAACAAUUAAAGUUCAACACAUUGUCAUAA